GGUAAUUGCCACAUGUUCUUCCCUAGUUGGAUAAUGAAAUAUUUAGACAAGCUAAAAUGAAAGCCACCUCAGAAUCAAUAUCCACCUGAGAAUAUAGAAAAUCUAUCUAAACCACUUAUUACUUGUUUGUCAUAUUUUGUAUUCAAUCUUUCUCUCUAUAAUCUCAUUACUGAAUAGAGUGUGAAGAUUACUCUAUUCAGUAGCAUCAUCAUAAGAAUAGUUUCAUCAUCUUUAUUCUAUAAGCUUAUCAAAAAUGGCAACACAAGCUUUGGUUUCAUCUUCCUUGACUUCAUCAGUCGAAACUGCAAGACAGAUUCUUGGUGCUAGGUCUGGACUUGCUCCUUCUUCUUUAAGGAAGAACUCGUUCGUCGUUAGAGCUGCCUCUACUCCACCUGUUAAGCAAAAUGCAAACAGACCCCUUUGGUUUGCAUCAAAGCAGAGCCUUUCAUACUUGGAUGGCAGUCUUCCAGGUGACUUUGGGUUCGACCCACUUGGACUCUCAGACCCAGAAGGCACCGGUGGGUUCAUUGAACCAAGGUGGCUAGCCUAUGGUGAGAUCAUCAACGGCCGAUAUGCUAUGCUUGGAGCAGUUGGUGCUAUCGCCCCAGAAAUCCUUGGAAAGGCCGGUUUGAUCCCACAAGAAACCGCCCUCCCGUGGUUCCAAACGGGAGUGAUCCCACCGGCAGGCACCUACAACUACUGGGCUGACCCAUUUACAUUGUUCGUCUUUGAGAUGGCACUUAUGGGCUUUGCCGAGCACCGGAGAUUACAGGACUGGUACAACCCCGGGUCCAUGGGCAAGCAAUACUUUUUGGGUCUAGAGAAGGGCUUUGCUGGAUCCGGUGAGCCCGCAUACCCAGGUGGACCAAUCUUCAACCCAUUGGGCUUUGGAAAGGACGAGAAGUCACUCAAGGAACUUAAGCUGAAGGAGGUGAAGAACGGAAGGCUGGCAAUGUUGGCGAUAUUGGGUUACUUUAUACAGGGUCUGGUUACUGGUGUUGGCCCAUACCAAAACCUUCUUGACCACUUGGCUGACCCAGUCAACAACAACAUCUUGACUAGUCUCAAGUUCCACUAAGGAAUUCUUCUUUUGUUCUCAAGGUCACUUCUGUUUUGUACUAUAUUGUUUCAACUCCUGUGUGCAAAUAUUAUUGUACAAUCCACAAAACUAAGGAGUAAGGAUCAAUGUUAUUAUCAGUCAUAGUUAUUCAAUCUAAUAGACAAUGCUUCUUAUGUACAUAA